UUGGGGACAUCAGGGGGGUGGGGACACUGUGGGGACACCAUAGGGGUGGGGACACCGUGGGGUUGGGGACAUCAGGGGGGUGGGGACACCAACAAUAGCGUCCCCAAACCCUACAACGGUCCCCAAGGUGGGACAUCCAUCCAACCCUAUGGUGUCCCCAAGGUGGGCCGAUGUCCCCAAACCCUACAACGGCCCCCAAGUUGGGAUGACGUCCCCAAACCCUAUGGUGUCCCCAAGGUGGGCCAAUGUCCCCAAACCCUGUGGUGUCCCCAAGGGGGGACGAUGUCCCCAAACCCUACAACGGUCCCCAAGUUGGGGUGACGUCCCCAAACCCUAUGCUGUCCCCAAGGUGGGACGAUGUCCCCAAACCCUACAAUGGCCCCCAAGGUGGGACGACGCCCACCCAACCCCACAGUGUCCCCAAGGGGGGCCGAUGUCCCCAAACCCUACAAUGGUCCCCAAAGUGGGACAAUGUCCCCAAAGUCUUAUGGUGUCCCCAAGGUGGGACAAUGUCCCCAAACCCUACAAUGGUCCCCAAGGUGGGCCGAUGUCCCCAACCCCACAGUGUCCCCAAGGUGGGCCGAUGUCCCCAAACCCUACAACGGUCCCCAAGGUGGGACAUCCAUCCAACCCUACGUUGGUCCCCAAGGUGGGCCGAUGUCCCCAAACCCUACAAUGGCCCCCAAGGUGGGGUGACGUCCCCAAACCCUAUGGUGUCCCAAAGGUGGGCCGAUGUCCCCAAACCCUAUGGUGUCCCCAAGGUGGGCCGAUGUCCCCAAACCCUGUGGUGUCCCCAAGGGGGGACGAUGUCCCCAAACCCUACAAUGGUCCCCAGGGUGGGUCAAUACCCCCAAACCCUACAACAGUCCCCAAAGUGGGACGAUGUCCCCAAAUCCUACAACGGCCCCCAAAGUGGGAUGAUGUCCUCAAAGUCCUAUGGGGUCCCCAAGGUGGGACAUCCAUCCAACCCUAUGGUGUCCCCAAGGGGGGACGAUGUCCCCAAACCCUACAAUGGCCCCCAAGGUGGGGUGACGUCCCCAAACCCUAUGGUGUCCCAAAGGUGGGCCGAUGUCCCCAAACCCUGUGGUGUCCCCAAGGGGGGACGAUGUCCCCAAACCCUACAAUGGUCCCCAGGGUGGGUCAAUACCCCCAAACCCUACAACAGUCCCCAAAGUGGGACGAUGUCCCCAAAUCCUACAACGGCCCCCAAGUUGGGAUGAUGUCCCCAAGGUCCUAUGGUGUCCCCAAGGUGGG